GCCUGGACUCGCCCAGCCAGGAGAACCGGCUCCAGGCGGUCCGGAUCCGAGGCCAGGACUCCAGGGGCCACGGGCUGACCCCCCAGACCCGGCCGCAUGGCCCCCAGUCCCCGGACCUGCCCGAGGGAUACGAACAACGGACCACGGUGCAGGGCCAAGUCUACUUCCUCCACACGCAGAACCGGAGUCAGCACCUGGCACGACCCCCGGAUACCCAGGGACCUGACGAGUGUGAGCUGUGAGGAGCUGGGCCCCCUGCCGGUGGGCUGGGAGGUUCGCAGCACCGUGUCGGGACGCAUCUAUUUUGUGGACCACAACAACCGCACAACGCAGUUCACUGACCCCCGGCUGCACACCAUCAUCAGCCAGCACUCCCAGGCCAAGGAGUCGUCGCAGGCGCCCCCGAUGGAGGUGGUGGGGGGGGAGGAGGGCCCGGGGGGCGAGGGGGAGAUGGCUGUGCGCUACGAGCGCGACCUGGUGCACAAGCUGAAGCUGCUCCGCCACGAGCUGAGCCUGCAGCAGCCCCAGGCAGGCCACUGCCGCAUCGAGGUGUCCCGGGACGAGAUCUUUGAGGAGUCGUACCGGCAGAUCAUGAAGAUGAGGCCCAAGGACCUGAAGAAGAGGCUGAUGGUGAAGUUCAGGGGCGAGGAGGGCCUGGACUACGGGGGCGUGGCCAGGGAGUGGCUGUACCUGCUCUGCCACGAGAUGCUGAACCCGUACUACGGCCUCUUCCAGUACUCCACGGACAACAUCUACACCCUGCAGAUCAACCCUGACUCCUCCAUCAACCCUGACCACCUGUCGUACUUCCACUUCGUGGGCCGUGUGAUGGGGCUGGCCGUGUUCCACAGUCACUACAUCAACGGCAGCUUCACUCUGCCCUUCUACAAGCAGCUGCUGGGAAAGCCCAUCCAGCUGGGGGACCUCGAGACCACCGACCCCGAGCUGCACAAGAGCCUGGUCUGGAUCCUGGAGAACGACAUCACGUCGGUGCUGGACCACACCUUCUGCGUGGAGCACAGCGCCUUCGGGAAGUUCCUCCAGCACGAGCUGAAGCCCAACGGCCGCAACAUCGCCGUCACCGAGGACAACAAGAAGGAAUACGUCCGGCUGUACGUGACCUGGCGGUUCAUGCGGGGCAUGGAGGCCCAGUUCCUGGCUCUGCAGAAGGGCUUCGGGGAGCUCAUCCCCCAGCACCUCCUGAAGCCCUUCGACCACAAGGAGCUGGAGCUGAUCAUCGGGGGUCUGGGUAAGAUCGACCUGGCGGACUGGCGGGCCAACACGCGGCUCAAGCACUGCGCGGCCGACAGCCCCGUGGUGCGCUGGUUCUGGCAGGCGGCCGAGGCCUUCAGCGAGGAGCGCCGCGGACGACUGCUGCAGUUCGUCACCGGCUCCACCCGGGUCCCCCUGCAGGGGUUCAAGGCCCUCCAGGGUUCUACAGGUUCUGCAGGACCAAGGCUGUUCACCAUUCAUUUAAUAGACGCCAACACGGACAACCUGCCCAAGGCCCACACCUGUUUCAACAGGAUAGACGUGCCACCCUAUGAGUCGUAUGAGAAGCUCUACGAGAAGCUGCUGACCGCCGUGGACGAGACCUGUGGCUUCGCUGUCGAGUAGAGAGGAGAGACCAGCAGGAGGAGAGACCAGCAGGAGGAGUGACCAAGGAAACGUUUCAAUGAAACUCAGAACACAGACUCACCCUGUCACCGAGGCACACCACUUGGCAAUUUUUAUACACACACACACACACACACACACACACACACACACACACACACACACACACACACACACACACACACACACACACACACACACACACACACACACACACACACACACACACACACACACACACACACACACACACACACACACACACACACACACACACAGAGAGAGAGAGCUCUUGCGUACGGAGCGUUUGUGCCCUCCCCCCUCUCUCUCUCGGGCGAUCAGAGCCUGGAGACUCCGGGGGGGGGGGGGGGGGGGGCUGGGCAAAAGAAGAAACAACAAAAGUAUUUUAGAAUUUUCCAGCUGUUUUGAAGAAGCAUUUUUACGAUUCCGUUUUAACGAGCUGUUGAUGUCUUUCUUCGGAGCGCCUGCAGUACCGCGCGACUCACUGGCAGUUCUGUCAAUCAUGCAUCGGCCAAUCGCAUUCAAGCCCACGAACUAUGAGGCGGACAGUUGAGAGGAGAAACCGACGAAGACCAGAGGCGGCGAGGGGUGGUCCCACUCCGACAUCAUGCUUUAUGUUUAACCACUGUCGUUUAUCAGAGAGUGUGUAUGAGUGUGGUGUGUGUGCGUGUGUGCGUGCGUGUCUGCGUGCGUGUCUGUAUUCCUAGUAUAACGUUGAUCCAAUGAGCCUGCUCCUGUUUUGUUAAAUUUUGUCUUUGUAGUUUUUAUUUUUUUUGCAACCACUCUGAAACACACUCUUGAUGGCAAUCUUUUAAUUUCAGAUUUUUAUUAUUUAUUACGAAGUGAUAACAUGCUGCUAUGUGCUCUUGUGAGAGCCCCCACUAACCUCUUCAUCCGCUCCUUCCCAUCCUAGUGCUCUUCCUCAAGCCACCACCAGGGGUUGCUGGCUCCGCUCACUCCCAGUUCAAACUCCCAGUAUCUCUAGCCACAACCAGUCUGAGUGUUUGAGCGGAAAGCGAACGUUUCCACGCCAGAAUUGGCGCUCCUGUUGGGUUGUUUUGAAACCUUUUUCAACCGAGUGGAAGGCAAGGCCAGCCCCUAUGCUAACGUGUAGCCUGAUCCUAUGCUAACGUGUAGCCUGAUCCGAUGCUAACGUGUAGCCUUAUCCGAUGCUAACGUGUAGCCUUAUCCGUUGCUAUCGUGUAGUCUGGUCCGAUGCUAACGUGUAGUCUGGUCCGACGCUAACGUGUAGCCUGAUCCGAAGCUAACGUGUAGCCUGAUCCGACGCUAACGUGUAGCCUGAUCCGACGCUAACGUGUAGCCUGAUCCGACGCUAACGUGUAGCCUGAUCCGAUGCUAACGUGUAGCCUGAGCUAACCCCUUAUUGUUUUUUUAUAAGAGCUUACCGACGCCCCCCUGUGGAGCUGUGGCGCAGCUGCCCGUCCUGCUGCCGGCCGCCAUAGGAGGCGUGGAUUUUAAUAUGUGUAUGAAAUAUGCAAUAAAAUCUCAAAGGCCUUUCAUUUCUCCACCCUCUUAUUACCAUCAUAUUAUAUUCUUUGUUACUCUAAAGAUUGUUUCUAGACAUUUCUUUUUGUAAUUAUUCGAUACCUUUGGUGGAAGAGGUUCCUCUUGUCGGUCGGUUGAGGAGAAAAAUCAAUGAACAAAAUGGAUGAACAAAAUGGCCGCCCUGGAGACGGAACAAACGUCGACAUGUUGAGCGAAUGCUGUGGAAAUAGUCGGGAUGUUUUUUGAAGAUUGAAAAUGACUUACAGUUAGGGCUGCACGAUAUGGGCAAAAUAUGAUAUCCCGAUAUUUUUUGUCUGAAUGGCGAUAUACGAUAUACAUCUCGAUAUUUUCUAUAGAGUGGGUUAGAUGUUUUUUAUGCAAGUCAAAAACCACAUGUGAGAUGUUGCAAGCACUUAUAUUAAAACAUAGGUCCAUAUGACUGCAACAUGUGAUUUUGUAUCGUUAUUUUCAACAGAAUUCAAUGAACAUGUUAAAAAAAAAGGGACGUUUUUCACCUUCUUCACAAAAUAAUCGCCUAUGCAAAACAAUAUAAAGCUGUAGGUUACACACAUUAGCUACCAUUAAGAGCAUUGGCUUCGUCGCAUUGUCCUGCGUACUACGGUGAGGGUUUCAGUGCGCCGUAACUUUAAUCCCCCUCCCCCUCCCUUCUCCGUUCCAUUUGGGAACAUGUUUGGUUUCAUUUCGCUUGUUUCGUAUAUUUUAAUUAAUUAAUUAAGAGCGUCACCAGAGGGCGCCCCCAACACAUUUGCCGAUCGCCGGCCCUGGUUUCGGGGCAGAAGAAACUGUCGCGGCCGGUGAUGCAGCAGCACAGCCACGGAGUUUUACGCAUUCCUCAUACUGCACUUUGUGCCGCUGCUGUAAAUGGUGGAACAGAUUUGUCGUGCUUCAACUUUUAGUCGCAACGGUUUUGCUACACUCUACAGGUGACCUGCAGCUGCUGCUCAUCUGUUUUUUUUAAACCCAAACUAUUUCCACAUUAUGGAGCCGUUCUUUCUCCUCUUUGAAACAAUUUCGUCUCCCGCCGCCGUCUCGUUUUCUUUACGGGUAUCAUCCAUGCUUGUUGUGUUGUGAGGGGGCGGCGGGGGUGGGAAUGAGGCGUCUUUGCACACGGCACGUUCGGAAAGACAGAGUGAGAGGGGGAGGGGUCGCGCUCACAGUCUCCAAGGCAAGCGCUGUAGACGCUUGAGCGGGAAACGGACCAUUUUAACGCAUAUCGAUAUAAACGAUAUUGUCAAAUCUUGUAUCCCCUUGGAAAUUAUAUCGAUAUAUCGUACAUAGCCGAUAUAUCCUGCAGCCCUACUUACAGUACCAUCACAAUCUGCAUUUUCUAGGUUCUGAAUUCAUUGUGUAAUGGAUGCAAGAGUAUUGUAACUUACUAUGUACUAAACAUUUAUGGAAAAUACAAUGUAAAUAAGAUUAUAUUAAAAGAAACUAAAUAGA